CUUCUGUCUUCAUCAUUUGGACCCCCCCUUAUUAAAAAUCUCUAUCUAUAUUUUUAUCUUUCCCCAUUUCUCCUCUUCAAUUUCUCUCCUUCCAAUCUCGAUCCAGCUCCAUGGACGCCAGAUUCACCAAGAACCGCGAUUUCGACUCCGAGAACUCGCCGGAGAACAGCGGCGGCUCCCCGGUGUCCGCCGUGCUCCCCGACGACUCCGACGCCAGAGCCGCCGUCACUUCUUCUAAACCAAGUAAACGUCGUGCCGUCCAGAAAAGGGUAGUGUCGGUGCCGAUCACCGACUCUGAAGGAUCCAAGAUCAAGAACGAGAUCAGUUUCCCACCGUCCGAUUCUUGGGCUUGGAGGAAAUAUGGUCAAAAACCCAUCAAAGGCUCUCCUUAUCCUAGAGGAUAUUACAGAUGCAGCAGCUCAAAAGGUUGUCCAGCUAAAAAACAAGUGGAGAGGAGCCGUGUGGACCCACAAAUGCUGGUGGUGACAUACUCUUGCGAGCACAACCACUCCUGGCCCGCCACCACCGCCGCUGCAAGAAUCCAUCGGACCAGUGCAGCGGCGGUGGCCGGGGCCGCGACGCCAAAGACCUCGUCGAGGUCGAAUAAUAAGGACGGGAGGAAAGAGGCGACUGCGGUCGUUUCCGACUCCGAGGACGGGAGGAAAGAGGCGAGCGAUCCGGACCUCUCCCCCCGGCCCGUAGAAGCGGAAUCGGACGACCGCGGUGCCCAGUUUUCCUCCCAUCUGGGCGGCGGAGGCGGUGUGGAGGAGUUUGGGUGGUUUUCGAACUUCGACCAGACUGCCUCCGCCGUGGCGGAGGAGGAGUGUUCUGUUUUGGCGGAGGCCAAACUGGUCGCUUGCACGGACGAGGACAUGCCGUCGUUGAUAUUUCCGGCGGGCGAGGAGGACGGGGAGGACGAGUCGCUGUUCGCCGAUCUCGGGGAGUUGCCGGAGUGCUCGAGGGAGUUUGGGCUUGGGAUGAUGGAGAGAGAUGAGUCUCGCCGCCGGCAGAGUUUGCCGCCGUGGUGUGGGACGGCGUGAUGGCUUGACAAGUGGAGAGAUUGUGGAGAAUUUUAUAUACAGCCGUGUAUUCUUUCAACUCUUUUUUAGGCCUUUAAAUCAUAGAAAACAAAAUGAAUGCAUUAUAUUAUACCGUACUCUGUUGUCUUCAUACAAUCACAGGUUAAGUUCCCUAAUGGUUUCCCCCCACCUCCAUCUCGAAAAAAAAGAGAGAAACUUAUGAAGCUGGAACCACAACUAAAGAGUCUACUCCCAGGCUUAUAAUGCCAAAUUAGAAGGCAACUCUAGAAUCUCAGAUGGCACCAACGACAUUAGUGCAAAGAUUGACUUGCC